AAUCAACAAUGACGGGCCUAAUUAUCAAAAAGCAACGAGAAGCCAUGCAAACGGCAUUGUCAGGGCAUAAUUUUAUGUUAGUUGGCUCCGCAGGUACCGGGAAGUCGUAUGUAAUUAACAAUAUUUAUCACGAGCUCAAAGCACAGGGUAAAACCGUCUUCCUAACAUGUACUACCGGCAUUGCAUGUACUAAUUUUGGCCUCCAUGCACAAACGAUACAUAGGUGGGCAGGCUUGGAAGAUGGAAGAUAUACUUCAAAAGAGAUUUGUAAUUUAAUAAAACAUUCACCCAAAUACAGCCAAACGCUUCAAUGUAUAGUAUCGGCAGAUGUUUUGAUUAUAGAUGAAAUUUCGAUGCUUAGUGCAAAGCUGUUUGAGCAGUUAGGUGCGAUAUGUUCGAUCAAAGAUCCGUCCAGACUUUUUGGUGGCAUUCAGGUUAUUGUUUCAGGAGAUUUCUUCCAGUUGGCACCAGUGCCAAAUAAGGAGUACAAAGAUGAGGGCGCCAUGUGCUUUACAAGCCCUCUGUUUGAAAAGGUGCUGUCACACAAAGUGGUUUUAACAGAAGUAGUUAGACAAGACAAUGAAUGUUUUAUCAAAGCAAUUCAUGAAGUGUCCAAGGGCACUGUUUCCCCUGAAACAAUUUCAUUUAUCAAGACAUUAGAAAGACCUUUUCCUGUUGGCUCAGACAGUAGUGUAGUGUUAUUUUCCAAUAAUGAUUUAGUCAACGUAUAUAAUAGACGUGAAAUUCUUAAAUGUCCUGGACAAAUUCGAGAAUUAGUUUCAGAGGAUUCUGGUGACAUACGCGUCCUCAUUAAAAGUAAUGCGCCACCGCGUUUAUGGUUGAAAGAAGGAUGCCCUGUAAUUUUAAUCAGGAAUCUCAGCAACACACUUGUCAACGGACUCCAAGGCAAAGUUGUGGAUUUUGAAGAAGGUUGUCCCGUAGUCCACUUCCCUUCCAUCAGCUGUACAACAAAACUUGAGAAAGUAUCUUUCACAGUAUUUAAUCCUGAUAAGAACAUGACAGUAGCUACUAGAGUGCAAGUACCACUGAAGCUGGCGUAUGCAAUAACGAUUCAUAAGGCGCAAGGAAUGACGCUAGACAGGUAA